CGGCAAUAACUCGCUACUAGCUGGUAUAGUUAAAACCUGGCGAUAUCUGCCCUCGUGAGACGUCCGACACAACACUAGCUGUUGUCAGGAUAAUAUCAAAUUAGCAGUCACGAUGAAUCAAUAUACCUAUCUCUCCUAUCACGUAGGGCUUAGGGUAUCACGUGCUCGUAACUUAUUUUUCUCUUGAUUGGAAAUUUUAUACUUUGACUUGUUAAUUCUGUCGUCUCGACAUCUCUUCGACCAUCAACGGAGAAGAGAUGCUUCCAACGCCUGACACGUCACAUGUGGCGUACGAGAGGGUGUAUGAACCUGCAGAAGAUUCUUUCCUACUAUUAGAUACGCUUUCAUCAACGCCUGAAAUAGAGUUCCUGCACAACCGCUUCGGGCAUGGAUACGUUCCGUUGGUGGUGGAAAUAGGACCCGGCUCGGGAGUAGUCAUCGCCUUCGUCAACGCACAUGCGCAAGUCCUCUUCGGGUCCCGGAACGUUCUGACCGCGGCCGUCGACGUAAACGGUUAUGCGUGCAGGGCUACGAACGAAACAGUGAGGAAGGCCGUACCGGAAAAUGCAGCGUCGCAUGGCAGGUAUCUUGGGGCUUCCCAAGGCGACCUAGUCGCGCCCCUGAAAAAUGGAUUAGCAGAUGUCUUGAUCUUUAACCCUCCUUACGUCCCGACACCGGAACUACCAAAGCAGCCGGGACUGAUGGACCUGCCGCACCCGGAUACGAAACCGACAUUUGACGACGAUUCAUACAUGCUCUCGUUAUCAUACGCAGGCGGCAGAGACGGAAUGGAGACGACGGAUAGGUUGAUCAACAGCCUGCCUCAAGUACUAUCGAGCAAAGGGUGCGCGUACAUCCUGCUCUGCGCGCAAAACAGGCCGGAGGAAGUCAAGGAGAGGAUUCGACUCCUAGGCGAGGCUUGGAACGUCGCGACUGUUGGGACAAGUGGGAAAAAGGCCGGGUGGGAAAGACUGCAGAUCAUCAGGAUCUGGAUAGAGUAAAACACGUAGGAUCUUUGCGUGGUGUGCCAAUGGGACUUUAUUGUUUCUCGUGAGCCUUCAGCUCUUCAUGUGAAGAAAUAAGUAGGUGCAAAGGAGCCAUACCAGCUUUUGCCAUUCUUUAUGGUU